AGGCUAGGGAUCGACGGAUCGCGAGUUCGCCUCGGCGGAGGCCCCUUUUCUUCUCUGUACCCGAAAUAUUAAACUGUCCAUUCUACCAUGGUGGAAAUACACAUAAGGUGUGCUCUUGCGCAUCGUUUUGAACAGCCAAUGAGAAGUUGCUCCCAACGGUGUCCAUAUCGUGGCGGUUAAAUCAAAUCGAGCGUUCUAUAAGCAGUUAUAAAGUCAUAUAUCUAGUGCAUUUAUUGUGUGGAAAUAUAAAGAGCAAAGAGUAAUAUGUAUUUUAUACGUUUUCGCGCAACGAUUAUUUUUUAAUUUCAGUUUCCAUAUAUAUUUAUUGACAAAGUAUAUUUUUUAAAUGUAGGAGUCUAGUGUCCAUUCUAUGGGUUGCUAUAGCAACCCAUAAAUAUAGACAAUAUAGACACCGUUGCAGAUUCCCAGGUAUCGAUAUAUCGACUUAAAAUGGAGACGCUUGGGAGCUGCGCAGAACCGGACGAAAAUUGGUAUCGGUAACGAGCACACCUUAUGUAUUUCCACCAUGCAUUCUACUUUCUUAACCCGCGUCGAUAUUCUUUUUGUGUGUUCGUCUGUGAGUGUGCGUGUGUCGCGCCCCGUCCCGCCGUCCCGUUCCCACGGGCCCGUCAUGGAGCUAGUUUACACCGUGCGACCUGAUCGCGACCUGACCUAUGCCCUGACCUAAAAUAGGCUUCUAAACAAAACGUUUACACCAUGUAGACCUAUGAUACUUUUGGGUCGAAUAUAGGUAAAAAUUUAGUCUUCAUAGCCAUCUUCAUACAUAAGCAAUAUCGUUUGUACUUUGUUUCGUGGGAUGACGUGUAGCUCUGUGCUAACACGAUUGAUUAGUAAUGGUUGGUAAUGAAUUGAAUGGUAGGGUCCUUGGUUCGAUCCCGGCCCUCGUCCCGCAUAUUUUUCCGUUAAGGAAAAUUUUAAAAAUUUAGCGUUUGAAGGAGUUUAAGCGCCCUAGUGUUGGAUCCAGUGUUUAAUCAAGAUUAAGCACAAAUUUCAACAAAUUUUUCGAAAUAUCACGCUCAUAUAAUCUAACGGUUGAAAGGCGUUUCUACAAAAGGGUAAACUGGAAGAAAAAAAAACUUUGUUUCGUGUCGAUCGUGUCUGUUUGCUGUGUUUGCUGAAGCAAUAUAUUUGAUUAAUUUUCAUCAGAAUGAAUUCGUUACAUCAGUACACAGGACGUUUUAAAAAUAUGAUACAAAUGAUGGUAAUCGGAAAUAAUAAACGACAAACUGCAAGAUUAUUGAAAAUUAUACACAGAAGACAGCAAGUAUGGAAAAGAAUUUAUUUGCAAAUUAAAAGAUUCCGGGAUCUGACUAUGAAUGUACAUCAAAUGUUGCUACCACCUAUGAAUCUUGCGGAAUUCUGCUUUGUCUCGAAUAGACGUCUUUGGAUGAAACGUAGAAGUUAUCACUUUUGGGAUGACAUCGUUUUGAAUACAUAUGAUGAUGCACAGUGGCUUGAAAGUUUUAGAAUGCGCAAAGAUACAUUUAAUAAAUUAUGUGAUAUUCUUAAAAAAGAAUUAGAACCGAAACCUAUUUUUUUAAAGUCUAGAGAACCACUCUCGGUGCAAAAACAAGUGGCUAUUGCUUUAUACAAAUUGGCAAGUUGUGCAGAGUAUCGAGUAGUCGGAAAUAUUUUUGGUAUCCACAAAUCUACGGUGAAGAAAUGUUUAUAUAAAGUUGUGAAUGCCAUCAAUAACGUGAUGAUGGUAGAUUACUUACAUAUGCCGAACGAAUUCGAAGCUGUUGAAAUAGCAAAUAAUUUUGAAAAGAGAUGUCACAUACCCCAAAUUAUUGGUUGCAUUGACGGAUCGCACAUACCGAUUCUGGCUCCUGCUGACGGCUAUAGAGAUUAUGUGAAUCGAAAGGGCUGGCCUUUAUACAAUCUCCAAGCAGUUGUUGAUGACAAAUGCAGAUUUAGAGAUAUUUGCAUCCGACAUCCGGGGAAUACUCACGACGCUGCUGUGUUCAAAGACUCUAAUUUGUAUAAAAAUGUACAUACACUAAUUCCACAGUUAAGCAAAAAUAUUGAUAGUAUGGAAGUGCCAUAUAUGAUUAUUGGAGAUCCAGCGUAUCCGCUGUUAUCAUGGCUAAUAAAAGGCUACCCUGGUUCAGUGACUCCCGAACAAGAUUCUUUUAAUGUUUACUUAAAUUCAGCUAGGGUUGUUGUAGAAAUGGCUUUUGGCAGAUUGCGAGGACGCUGGAGAAUUCUUCUGAAGAGACUAGAUGUAUCACAUACAUUUGUUCCGAAUAUAACCAGCGCGUGCUGCAUUCUACAAAACUUUUUAGAAUACACAAAUGAACACUUCGUGCAGCAAUGGUUUGAACAUGUGGCUGAUGCAGAAAUACUGUUUCCACAACCAGGACAUGUAGUUAACCGUGAACGCAACAAUAUUUUGGGUCCAGACAUUCGACAGCAUUUGACAACAUACUUAUCGCAAAAUUUUCCUUUACGCCGAAGUAUGCUGAGAUAGCUAUUAUUUUAUAAGAAUAAAAAAUAUUAUAUUACAAAUACAUUGUUUUAGUAA